AUGGUUAGUGCAAACGAUUGUACAAUUAGAAUUGGCCAACAUGUGCUAAUACGGUUGCCAUCAAAAGGACUCAAGGUUGUGCAUCUACAAGAAUCUGGUCGGGUUAGUCUCGGUAAAUUUGGAUCAUUUGAAGUUUCAAGCAUUUUGGGUCAUCCCUUGGGCUCUUCGUUUGAAAUUGUGGAUGACAAUACAGUCAGAGUUAUCAAAAGUAUCACUGAUGCUGGGGAUAUUUGGGAUGCUGAUGAAGACAUCCAGAAGAAAGAGCUAACGAGAAUGUUUAGUGAUAGUGCCGAGAACAAUCAGAAUAUUAUAGAUAUUGGUGCCAAAAUACAAAAUUUAACCAACGAUGAUAUUGAUGAACUAAAGAAAAGUGGAGCGUCUUCGCAAGUUGGACAGUUAAUUAUCGAGAAAAUGAUUGCAAAUCAUGACGGAUUCGAUAAAAAGACAAUAUUUUCACAAGAGAAGUAUUUGAAACGAAAGCAACAAAAAUUUCUUAGGAGAUUCACUGUUGAUUAUCUUGGGGCUGCUGAGCUUUUGGAAUAUAAUCUUGAGAAGGACGCCUCAAAGGUUUUGGACUUGAGUGUUGAUUCGUUAGGAUUAAUGAUGACAUAUGGAAAUAUUCGGCCUGGUGGAAAGUUUCUAGUGAUUGACGAGACGGGGGGCCUACUUUUGUAUGCGAUGAUGGAGCGAAUGGGUUGUGAGGGUACUAUUGUACUUCUUCAUGAAAACGAGCAUGCAAAUAUUAUCAUGUUGAGGUAUUCGGAUUAUGAUGAGUCAGUCAUUACUAAAGUGGUAAAACCAAUUAAUUGGCUACAAUUUGCCGAACCCGAAAAUGAACGAAUACAGCUAGAUGAGGAAGAUUUUGAGCCGAAAAAGCCAAAACUUAAGGAGCAAUUUUUACGGAAACGUGAAAGAGCGCGGAAUGUUAACGAGGUAAUUGACUUGGUGGUGGAAGGCAAUUUUGACGGGUUUGUAUCAAUGUCCACUUUGUACAUGCCUGAUGUUGUUGAAUCUGUGAUACCAAAAAUUGGUGGCUCCCGACCAGUGGUUAUAUACAACCAAUACAAGGAGUUAUUAGCGGAGGUUCAACAACACUUCACAAAUGAUCGAAGAGUUAUAGCCUCUUCUAUUUUUGAAACCAGAGCUAGGCCAUAUCAGACUAUUCCCGGACGAAUGCACCCAUUAAUGACUAUGAGAAGUGGAGGAGGGUAUGUCUUGUGGGGGACAAGAGUUUUUCCUGAUGAAAGUGUUAUUGCUGUCGGAAAAGGUAUGAAGAGAAGAAGAGAGGAGUCAGUUGAGUCAGGCGUUUCAUUGACCUCGGCCAACGUGGCGGAAGACACGCCGGAGAACUUUCCUGCAUCUGAAACAGAAGUAGCAGAGACAAGGGAAGAUGAUGUAGAGAUAACAAAUGACGCCCAGUAA